AUGGUGGUCUUAAGACAGGGUGAUUAUGUGUGGGUGGACUCUAGUAUAGGUGUGCCGAUCGGUGCUGAGGUCAGAAUCUCAGAAUCUGGUCAAAUUCAGCUCAUUGAUGAUGAAGGGCAGGAGCACAAAAUCAGGAUACAGGACAGCUCUCUGAAGCACAUGCACGCCUCAUCCAUUAGCGGCGUAGAUGAUAUGAUUCGGCUGGGUGACUUCAAUGAAGCUGGCCUCCUCAGGAACCUUCUGAUUCGCCACAGGGAAGGAAUCAUCUACACAUACACAGGGUCCAUUCUGGUGGCGGUGAACCCGUACCAGCUGCUGCCGAUCUACACUCCAGAGCAGGUGCAGCUGUACACAAACCGGCGUCUGGGUGAACUGCCCCCGCAUGUGUUCGCCAUUGCAGACAGCUGCUUCUUUAACAUGCGCCACAACCAGCAAGACCAGUGCUGCAUCAUCAGCGGAGAGUCUGGUGCAGGAAAGACAGAGAGCACCAAACUGAUGCUGCAGUUCCUGGCAGCAGUGAGUGGACAGCAAUCAUGGAUAGAGCAACAGAUCCUUGAAACUAACCCCAUACUGGAAGCCUUUGGUAAUGCAAAGACAAUUUGCAAUGAUAAUUCAAGCCACUUUGGGAAGUACAUCAAUAUCCAAUUCAGUAAGGGGGGAGCCAUUGAAGGAGCCCGCAUUGAUCAGUACCUGCUGGAGAAAUCACGUGUUUGUCGACAGGCUCAUGGGGAGAGGAACUAUCACAUCUUUUACUACAUGCUGAUGGGCAUGCAGGAUGAACAGAAGAAAAUGUUGUCUCUGAGUAAUGCUGUGAAGUACAACUACCUGAAUAUGGGCAAGUGCACUUCCCAUGAGGGGCGGGAUGAUGAAAAGGAAUACGCCCACUUCCGCUCAGCCAUGAAGAUCUUGACAUUCUCAGAGAAUGAAUCCUGGGAAAUUCACAAGCUGCUUGCUGCCAUCCUCCAUCUAGGCAACAUGGAUUUUGAAGCCACCAUUUCGAAUAAUCUGGAAAGCUGUGAUAUUAUCACCUCUUCCCAUUUCAACAUGGCUGCUCAGUUGCUGGAGGUGGACGUAAACACUUUAGAUACAAGUUUGACUCAACGGUCCUUCAUGAUUAACAGAGAGUGUGUAUCUAAACCUCUUUCCUCAGACCAAGCAAGUGAUGGCAGGGAUGCCUUUGUGAAGGCGAUUUAUGGAAGAUUGUUUGUGUGGAUUGUGGAGAAAAUCAAUCAUGCCAUUUACAAGCCACCCUCUGAGGAGUCCAGCCAUACUCGUCAUUCAGUAGGCUUGCUAGACAUCUUUGGAUUUGAAAACUUCAAGCAAAACAGCUUUGAACAGCUGUGCAUUAACAUUGCCAGUGAACAGCUACAGCAGUUCUUUGUGAAGCAUGUCUUUAAGAUGGAGCAGGAGGAAUGUGAACGUGAGAACGUUGUCUGGAAACACACUGACUACAUCAAUAACCAGGACACUCUCAAUGUGCUGGCCAGCAAACCUCUCAACAUUCUUGCUCUUAUUGAUGAGGAGAGUCACUUCCCUAAGGGCACAGAUACCACCUUGCUGCAAAAGAUGCAUAAGUGCCAUGAGAAAAGCAGAGUCUACAUCUCUCUGAAGAACAGUCAUGACAAAAAGUUUGGAAUUGAGCAUUUUGCUGGGCCGGUUUAUUAUGACUCAAAAGGUUUUCUGGAAAAGAACAGGGAUGCUCUCAGUUCAGAUCUCAUCAUGUUGGUGGAAACUUCUACCAAUAAGCUCCUCAAACAGAUCUUCCACAAUGAUCUUUCCACUGAUGAGGAAAGCAGUGCCAACCCCAAAAUGAUGAUCACCUCCAAGAGCUCCUUGCGGCAAAUGAUAGAUACUAAGAAGCGAGUGCCAACAUUAUGUGGACAGUUUCGUCAGUCUCUGGACUCCCUGAUGAAAACCCUGACUGCAUUCCAGCCUUACUUCAUUCGCUGUAUCAAACCGAAUGACUUUAAGAAACCCAUGAUGUUUGACAGAGAGCUGUGUCUGCGUCAGCUGCGCUACUUAGGCAUGACGGAGACCAUUUGCAUCAGGGAAACUGGCUACCCAAUCCGUCACACCUUCCAACAGUUUCUGGAUCGCUAUCGUGUCCUUCUCAACUCCUUUGUCUGUGACCCAAAAACAGAGAGUGUCAAGGCCUGCGUUGAGAGUAUUUGUAAGAAUGUCCUCAGUGAUGGCGAUGACUGGAAAAUUGGCAAAACCAAAGUGUUUUUGAAGGAUUUCCACGAUACCAUGUUGGAGCUGAAACGGGACAAGGCCUUGGACAAGAAAGCUGUUGUUAUCCAGAAAGUCCUGAGAGGCUACAAGCAAAGGAAACAGUUUCUUAAACAAAGGUCUGCAGCUGUGGUUGUACAGAAGUAUUGGCGUGGAUACAAAGGCAGGAAACUUGGUAAAGUGUUCGCACGCCAGUGUGAACUGGAGCAUAAGGCCACCUUGCUGCUGCAGGCACAGAUCCUAAGCUACUUUGCCAGGAAGGAGUGGAAGCGAAAAAGAGCUGCUGUCAUCCUUCUACAGGCUCAUGUCAGAGGCAUGCAAGCCCAGAAAACGGUUCAGAAGAUGAAGAAAGAUAAAGAGGAAAUUCUCCAUCAGAAGAGAGAAAAAGAGGCUGCCGAACAAUCUGAGCCCAUCAAUGGUCAGAAAAAGAAGGGGAACCCAUUCUUUGGCUUCCUUCCCAGCCUGGAAGAAUUCAUCCCAAAAAAGAGAGCAGGAGCUGAUGAUGACCUGCACGGCAUCAAUGAGCUCAUCCAGGAUAACCUGCAGCACUGUCAGCAAAUGGUGGAUCAAGUGACUGAUGCAAUGGACUCCAUGAUGAAAGCAAUGGAUGACACCAUGAUGGAUCAUAAAGACAGAGUCAUGAAGUUCUUCAAAAAGAAUGGCACAGACAAGAAGAACUCCACGUUAAAGCACAACAAACAGACCUCUGAGCAGGGAAAGCAAGUUGUAAACCGUCUCCAUGCCUCUAGACCCUCUGUGCCCAUUCAGUUACUGGGACUAGAACAAGGCAACAACCAGAGGCUUUUUCCCCCUUGGACAAUCUGUCAGUUAAUACAGCCAAGGGGAGAAAAGAACUCAGUCAUGGUGGUCUUAAGACAGGGUGAUUGUGUGUGGGUGGACUCUAGCAUAGGUGUGCCGAUCGGUGCUGAGGUCAGAAUCUCAGAAUCGGGCCAAAUUCUGCUCAUAGAUGAUGAAGGAAAGGAGCACAAGGUCAAGAAACAGGACAACUCUCUGAAGCAUAUGCACGCCACAUCCAUUAAUGGCGUAGAUGACAUGAUUCGGCUGGGCGACCUCAACGAGGCUGGCCUGCUCAGGAACCUUCUGAUUCGCCACAAGGAGGGAAUCAUCUAUACAUACACAGGGUCCAUUCUGGUGGCGGUGAACCCAUACCAGCUGCUGCCAAUCUACACUCCAGAGCAGGUGCAGCUGUACACAAACCGGCGUCUAGGUGAACUGCCCCCGCAUGUGUUCGCCAUUGCAGACAACUGCUUCUUUAACAUGCGCCGCAACCAGCAAGACCAGUGCUGCAUCAUCAGCGGAGAGUCUGGUGCAGGAAAGACAGAGAGCACCAAACUGAUACUGCAGUUUCUGGCAGCAGUGAGUGGACAGCGAUCGUGGAUAGAGCAACAGAUCCUUGAAGCUAACCCCAUACUGGAAGCCUUUGGUAAUGCAAAGACCAUUCGGAAUGAUAACUCAAGUCGCUUUGGGAAGUACAUCGAUAUCCAGUUCAGUAAGGGGGGAGCCAUUGAAGGAGCCCGCAUUGAUCAGUACCUGCUGGAGAAAUCACGUGUCUGUCGACAGGCUCAUGAGGAGAGAAACUACCACAUCUUUUACUACAUGCUGUUGGGCAUGCAGGCUGAACAGAAGAAAAUUUUGUCUCUGGGUAAUGCUGUGGAGUACAACUACCUGACCAUGGGCAAGUGCACUUCCUGUGAGGGGCGGGAUGAUGUAAAGGAAUACGCACACUUCCGCUCAGCCAUGAAGAUCUUGACAUUCUCAGAGAACGAUUCCUGGGAAAUUCACAAGCUACUUGCUGCCAUCCUCCAUCUAGGCAACAUGGACUUUGAAGCCAUCAUUUCGCAUAAUCUGGAAGGCUGUGAUAUUAUCACCUCUACCCAUUUCAACAUGGCUGCUCAGUUGUUGGAGGUGGACUUAAAAACUCUGGAUGUAAGUUUGACUCAGAGGUCCUUCAUGACUAAUCGAGAGUGUCUAUCCAAACCUCUUUCCACAAACCAAGCAAGUGAUGGCAGGGAUGCCUUUGUGAAGGCCAUCUAUGGAAGAUUGUUUGUUUGGAUUGUGGAGAAAAUCAAUCAUGCCGUUUACAAGCCACCCUCUGAGGAGUCCACUGAUACCCGUCAUUCAGUAGGCUUGCUAGACAUCUUUGGAUUUGAAAACUUCAAGCAAAACAGCUUUGAACAGCUGUGCAUUAACUUUGCCAAUGAACAGCUACAGCAGUUCUUUGUGAAGCAUGUCUUUAAGAUGGAGCAGGAAGACUAUGCCUCUGAGAGCAUUGUCUGGAAACACAUUGACUACGUCGAUAACCAGAACACUCUCAAUGUGCUGGCCAGCAAACCUCUCAACAUUCUUUCCCUCAUUGAUGAGGAGAGUCACUUUCCUAAGGGCACAGAUACCACCUUGCUGCAAAAGUUGCAGAAGUGUCACGAGAAAAGCAAAGUCUACAUCCCUCCUAAGAACAGUCAUGAAACAAAUUUUGGAAUCAAUCAUUUUGCUGGGCCGGUUUUUUAUAACUCACAAGGUUUUCUGGAAAAGAACAGGGAUGCUCUCAGUUCAGAUCUCAUCAUGUUGGUGGAAACUUCUACCAAUAAGCUCCUCAAACAGAUCUUCCACAAUGAUCUUUCCACUGAUGAGAAAAGCAGUGCCAACCCCAAAAUGAUGAUCACCUCCAAGAGCUCCUUGCGGCUUUGGUGCUAAUACAAUUUACCUUCUCAGCAAAUGACAGACACUAAGAAGCGAGUGCCAACAUUAUGUGGACAGUUUCGUCAGUCUCUGGACUCCCUGAUGAAAACCCUGACUGCAUGCCAGCCUUACUUCAUUCGCUGUGUUAAACCGAAUGACUUUAAGAAACCCAUGCUGUUUGACAGAGAGCUGUGUCUGCGUCAGCUGCGCUACUCGGGCAUGAUGGAGACCAUUCGUAUCAGGAAAGCUGGCUACCCGAUCCGUCACACCUUCCAACAAUUUCUGGAUCGCUAUCGUGUCCUCCUCAACUCCUUUGUCUGUGACCCAAAAACGGAGAGUGCCAAGGCCUGCAGUGAGAGUAUUUGUAAGAAUGUGCUCAGUGAUGGUGAUGACUGGAAAAUUGGCAAAACCAAAGUGUUUUUGAAGGAUUUCCAUGAUACCAUGUUGGAGCUGAACCGGGACAAGGCCUUGAACGAGAAAGCGCUUAUUAUCCAGAAAUUCAUGAGAGGGUACAAGUACAGGAAACAGUUUCUUAAACAAAGGUCUGCAGCUGUGGUCGUGCAGAAGUAUUGGCGUGGAUACAAUGGCAGAAAACUUUAUAAAGUGGUCCAGUUGGGAUACAGUCGUCUUCAGGCCACUGUGCGCUCUCGUCAGUUAACACGCCAGUACGAACUGGAACAUAAGGCCACCUUGUUGCUGCAGGCGCAGAGCCAUACCUAUCUUGCCAGGAAGGAGUGGAAGCGAAAGAGAGGAGCGGUCAUCCUUCUACAGGCUUAUGUCAGAGGCAUGCGUGCCCGGAAGACUGUUCGGAAGAUGAAGAACGAUGCCUUUUUGUCACUGCAGGAGCGCAGGGCAGAAGAGCUGGCUGCUCUGGAGAGGCAGAAGAGGCUAGAGGAUAUUCUCCGUCAGAAGAGAGAGCAAGAAGCUGCCGAACAGUCUGAGUUAAUCAAUGAUCAGGAAAUGGUGGACACAAUCUUUGGCUUCCUGCCCAACAUGGUGGGAGGGCAAGAGGGUCAGGCACCUUCAGGUUUUGAGGACUUAGAAGGAAAGCGAACUGUGCUGGAAGAAAUAGACCUGGAUGAUGCUGUUAUGGUUGAAGAGCUUCCUGAGGAAGACUAUGAUGAUCUGGAUGAGUACUCAUUCUCCAAGUUUGCAUCGAUGUACUUUCAGGGUGCUGCGACACCCACUCACGUGCGCCAGAGACUGCGCCAACCACUGCUGUACCAUGAAGAGGAAAAUGAUGUGGUGGCUUCUCUAACAGUGUGGUGGAUCAUCUUGAGGUUUAUGGGAGAUCUUCCUGAACCAAAAGUACAGAAAGUCCCAACAAGCAGAUCAGCAUUUGUUGCUUACUCUCUACAGCAAGAUGUGGCAUCCAGGCAAGACAGACGUCUCAGCCACGUGGUUGGACUGGACCAGAAACUGCUAAGAAACAGAAACACAAGGAAAGACUCUUCAGCCCCAGAAAUGCUACCUCAGAACAGAAAGUCCUCAACAUUUACAGAUAUGUUGUCAGGAAAAAGGAAAUCAACCAUGACAGAGGAAGUUAUACCAACUCGGAAAGCUUCCUCCAUACCAUUGGAAGGUCCCAGAAACAGAAAGUCCUCCACCUUUGUUGAUCUGCUGACCCGGAACAGAAAGACCUCCACAAUCCCUGAGGAAGCGUCAUCAAAUAGAAAGACUUCCAGAAAACCAUCCAUCAUUGAGGAAGAGCCAGAGGAUGGCUCUGAGGUUUCCAAACCACCCACUGUACAAACUAUCACAGAGGAAGAGGAGAACAUUAUUGAUGAAAAACUCACCUUGGACCGUCCACUCACAUCUCUUGAAAAGUUGCACAUCAUUGUAAGAUAUGGCAUUGUCAGGCGUGACCUCAGAGAUGAGAUCUACUGUCAGAUUUGUAAGCAGCUUCAAGAGAAUGGGAAUCGCAGCAGCUUUUACCGAGGUUGGAUACUUCUUUCUCUGUGCCUGGGCAUCUUCCCUCCCACUGAACACUUCAUUAAGUACCUGCAAAGCUUCAUUCAGCUUGGCCCUGUUGGAUAUGCUCCAUACUGUGCAGAGAGACUGAGACGCACUGUGGCCAAUGGCGUGCGUGGAGAGCCACCCAGCUGGCUUGAGUUACAGGCAACCAAGACUAAGAAACCCAUGGCCAUCUCUGUGACUCUUAUGGAUGGGCGAACUCUCAGCCUGCCUGUGGAUUCAGCAUCUACUUCUAAAGAAGUCUGUCAAACGCUCUCACAGAAAGUUAAACUACAAGACACAUUUGGCUUCUCUCUUUAUGUAGCUGUUUUUGACAAGGUAUGGUCUCUUGGCAGUCGACAUGAGCAUGUGAUGGAUGCCAUAUCGCAGUGUGAGCAGGAGGUGAGACGGAAGGGUGGGCAGGAGCAGCACGCUCCCUGGCGUCUCUACUUCCGCAAAGAGAUUUUCACCCCCUGGCAUGACUGCAGCGAGGAUAGUAUCAGUACAGACCUCAUCUACAGACAGGUCAUUAGAGGAUUGAAAUAUGGCGAAUACCAGUGUGAGAAGGAGGAUGUAGUUGUCCAGUUGGCGGCGAAACAUUUCUUUGUGCAGUUUCACUCCGAUGACAGUAUGGAGGAUGCUAAGAGUGUUGUUCAGGAUUGUGUUACCUCCAAACUACUGGAAGACAAGUCAGAGGCCAAAUGGAUUCAGAUGGUCCACACAGCACAUGUUGAGGGCCCAUAUAUAAAUUCAAAGACCAAAGCUGAUCAUGUAAAAGCAGAAGUGGUGGACUAUGCACGGCAGAAGUGGCCGAUGUUCUUCUCAAGGUUCUUUGAGGUCUCCAGGAUUUCAGGAACUUCCCUACCCAAGAACAAAUUUAUCAUGGCUAUUAACUCGACUGGAAUAACCUUCCUGGAUGAACGUGAGAGAAAGUUUCUAGAGCUCUCCUACCCAAUGGUGACUGCCAUAAACGCCAAGAGAAGCAAGACUGUGUGUCUGAUUACUCUGAAAGGAGAGUUUACACUAGGCGCAGUCAAUGCUGGAGACAUUGCUAAUCUGAUAGUCCUGUUCCAGGCUGGCCUCACAGAGCGCUCUCAGUAUGCCGUAGCUCUGCAGGAGGUCAACAGGCAAGAUGAUCCCACUUUUCUUAGUUUCAAAAAAGCAGAGCUUAUCCUCCUUAUUAAAGACAAUGAAUUUUCUUCUAACCAUGGCUGGGUGAAGGGACAGAAUGAGCGAACCGGAAAAAAGGGGGCAGUACCCACAGACGCCAUCUGGAUUAUACCUACUUUUACCAAACCAACCAAUGAAAUCUUGAGUUUACUUAGCAUGCCCCCAGAUCAGAGAAAGAAUAUGAUUAAUGAGACAGUCAAAGGAACCAUUACAGACAGAGUACCUCCUGCGACGCUUAAAGAGUUCUCCAUUGAGUACUUCAGACCUCUCAUUAAAGAUGUGAACAGGCAGGUGAUUUCUAAAAACGCGGCACCUGAAAGGCUAUGGGCAAACUCCAGGGAGCCCAUCAGACAGCCCCUGCUUAAGAGACUGCUUGGGAACCCAGAGCUCAGCCAUCAGGCCUGCCAGGCCUUCACUGCAAUCCUAAAGUACAUGGGUGACUAUCCCACCAGACAGUUUCAGAGUCCACUGGAGCUCACAGACCAAAUCUUUGAACCAGCCACUCAGAACGAAGAACUCCGAGAUGAGAUAUAUUGCCAAAUCAUGAAGCAGAUGACAAGCAAUAACAACCGGCACAGCAUCGAUCAGGGUUGGCAGCUGCUGUGGCUGUGCUGUGGUCUGUUCCCCCCCAGUAAUUCACUGCUGAAACAUGCACAGCGCUUUCUGGACACCCGGCGGAGGGAGCCAGUGGCCUCUGACUGCCUGCGCAGGCUGCAGGGUGCUCUCAGAAUGGAGCCCAGGAAGCUUCCUCCUACCCAGGUUGAGUUGGACGCCAUUCAACAGAACCGCUUUAAGAUUUUCCACCAAAUCUUUUUCCCAAAUGAGACAGCGGAGACAAUGGAAGUCGCAACUAACACCAAGAUCAGAGAUUUGAUCAGAAGUAUCGCCGAUAAACUCGGGCUGAUCUCAGACGAUGGCUUCAGCAUCUUUGUAAAAACACCAGACAAAGUUCUGAGUUUGAAUGAAGCAGACUACUUCUUCGACAGUCUGAGACAGAUCACGAACUGGUCCAGGAAAACUAAGAUGGUGAAGGAUGGAGGACCAGUGAACAUUUCAUACCAGGUGUACUUCAUGAGGAAAUUGUGGUUCAACGUAAUCCCUGGCAGAGAUCAGGAAGCAGAUUGCAUCUUCCACUUUCCCCAGGAACUCCCCAAGUAUCUGCGAGGGUACCACCGCUGUACUAAAGAGGACAUGGUGCAGCUGGCCGCUCUCCUCUUCAGGGUGAAAGUGAAAGAUGACAAGACUCAGUUUGUCAUGAUCACUAAGAUGCUGAAAGAGCUUGUGCCCAAUGAUCAGCUAAAAGCCAUGUCAGCUGAGGACUGGAAAAAGAACAUUAUGGCUGCAUACAACAAACAUGCAAACAUGACAGCGGAGGAUGCCAUGGUGGCCUUCCUGAAGGUCAUCUUUAAGUGGCCCACGUUUGGCUGUGCCUUCUUCGAUGUGAAGCAAACAUCUGAGCCCGGCUUCCCUGAUAUCGUGAGGCUUGCCAUCAGCAAACAGGGGGUGACAGUCAUACAUCCUAAAACCAAAGAUGUCCUAGCAGUACACCCAUUCAAUAUGAUCGCAAACUGGUGCAGUGGGAGCACAUACUUCCACAUGACUAUUGGCAAUCUGGUCCAAGGAAACAAGAUUCUGUGUGAAACCUCCCUGGGCUACAAAAUUGACGAUUUGUUGACAUCCUAUGUCAACAUGCAUCUGAACGACAUAAGAGCACCGAGAACCAGGAACCAGCGCUACCGUAACUGAAACCUGAUUCAACCUGGAAAAAUGAAGAAAUAAUUUUAUUCUGCCUUUAAGCAUGCAUACUUUCACUUCCAAUCUUUAUAUUUGCAACAAGAAAUUAUACAGUAUGUGGUUAAACAAGCUUGACAUGAAUGUUGAAGGAUAUGUUUAGUCAUUAAAAUCCUCUUAUUGAUUCAUGCAUGAGAUUUUAGAUCUUUUCGAUUGGACUUUUUCUCUUCUGUUUAUUGGUAAGGUGUUGAAAACGAGUCUGUUUUUCUUUUUUUUCCUGAUCAUUUAUUUAUUUAUUUCCAAAUGUAAAGAACAAAGUAUCGCUAUACUUUCUAUGUCACUCCCAAAAUGAUAUGAUACAUAAUUUUGCUUAGAUUAUGAAUAUACGGUACAGCACUGUGAAGUAGUGAGCAUUUGUUUCCUAAACUAUCCAUUUUCAUUACAAUGUAUUUG